UAGAAAUAUCUCUUGUGUGCUUCAAAUAUCUACGCACUUUACACUUUUUAGCACACACUCUCACUUCACUUUUCAAUUCACUCUUCGGAGCCCCACGCGCCGUCGCAGAAAAUGUCAAAAACCACCUCAUCCAUCAGCGACUCUCUCGAAACACCAACACUCGAUGCAGAAUCUCCCACACUCCUCCACUCCAUCUCAUCCUACGGAGGCUACGCCUACGUUCGUAUGUCCUCCCUCGCUGCCGCCGGCGACAUUCGCGCAGCAGAAGCAGUUCGCGAGAUGGCGUGGGAGCAGCUGCACUCUGGUCCGUGGCACUCGGUGUUGCCGGUGUGGCGUGACGCGUACUCGAUGGCCUGUUUGCAAGUUGCGAAGUGUUGCUAUGAAAAUGGAGAGUUUAAGGAAGCACUUAGGGCUUUGGAUAUGGGGAUUAUUAUGGGUGGGAGUUUGCUUAGGAAGGAUUUGGAUUCUUCUGUUGUGAAGGUUUCGGAGAAAGCGAGGUUGGUUAAGGUUGAUGAUGGAAGGUGUAAAGAUUUUGGUGGCUCUGAGAAUCGACUCGUUGAUCUUGAAUUUGAUGUUUCAAAGGUGCUCCAACUUUUGCCUGUUAAGUCCCUUGCUUCAAAGCUUGUAGUGAAGAGAUCUGCCUUGUCACUGGAGAACUUCCUGAAAGAUCAUUACCUGGCUGGCUCUCCAGUUAUCAUCAGCGACUGCAUGGCGCACUGGCCAGCCAAGAAAAACUGGAAUAAUAUAGAUUACUUGCUAAGAGUUGCUGGUGACCGCACUGUUCCGGUUGAGGUUGGGAAAAACUAUUUAUGUGCAGAUUGGAAGCAAGAGCUAGUUACAUUUUCAGAGUUCCUUGAUCGGAUAAGAUCUAAUGGCUGUUCACCUGGCGGUCCUACAUAUCUUGCUCAGCAUCCCUUGUUUGAUCAGAUAAAUGAGCUUCGGAGAGAUAUCUUUAUUCCUGACUAUUGUUUUACUGGUGGAGGGGAGCUAAGAUCUCUCAAUGCUUGGUUUGGUCCAGCUGGAACAGUAACACCAUUACACCAUGAUCCGCAUCAUAACAUACUAGCACAGGUUGUUGGGAAAAAAUACGUUAGGCUUUAUCCAGCAUCUUUGUCUGAGGAACUUUUCCCCUACUCAGAAACCAUGCUUUGCAAUUCCAGCCAGGUUGAUUUAGAUGACGUUGAUGAGAUGAAGUUUCCUAAGGUGCAAGACUUGGAAUUUGUAGACUGUAUUUUAGAGGAAGGUGAAAUGUUAUAUAUCCCGCCAAAGUGGUGGCACUAUGUGCGGUCUUUAACUACCAGUUUAUCAGUUAGCUUUUGGUGGAGUGACGGUGAAAGUUCAUCUCCGUCUUAAUGUCGUGUUACUUUGAUGUCUACAUUUCAUUAUUAAUAAUGGAGAAGACAAGCAUAUCCUAAGUUGCGUUGCUGAUAUCUAUGUGAUUGAUCCUUUUACAUCCCAAUUACAGCUGUAUCCUCGUGCAUGAACAUCAUUUUCUGCACCUGUUGCCAUCGCCCUAAUAUAUUUAUAUAAGGAAAUGUAUUACAAAGCUACUGAGACAAGCAUUUUGAUAUUUGAGUGGGACUCAAUCUCAUGCCCUUCUAUUACUAUUUAGAAAGGCUGUUGAUUCGCAGUCCUGAAAACUGAAUCAAUGUUCUGUCUAUUUGUAUUUGAUAAUCUUACUAAAAUAUUCAAGCUUUGGCUUGUGUAUGAACCUUUCAUUUGACCAAGUUUUUUUCUA